AUGCCUCCCCCGACCACGCGCAACACCGUCGACCGCCUCGACAAGCCGAGCUCCUACGCCGCUAGCAAGAACCGCAAGCGCAGAUAUGUGCGCGAGGGAGAUGAGCCUGACGAGUACCGCGGCCGCGAGAAGACGCCCGACUUCGAGGACAAGCUGAAGGAUGCGACGACCCUCUACGUCGGCAACCUGUCCUUCUACACCACCGAGGAGCAGAUCCACGAGCUCUUUGCCAAGUGCGGUGAGAUCAAGCGCCUGGUCAUGGGCCUCGACCGCUACCAAAAGACGCCCUGCGGUUUCUGUUUCGUCGAGUACUACACCCACCAGGAUGCGCUUGACUGCAUGAAGUACAUUGGCGGCACCAAGCUGGACGAGCGCAUCAUCCGUACCGACUUGGACGAGGGCUUCGCGGAGGGAAGGCAGUACGGACGUGGCAAGUCCGGUGGCCAAGUGCGCGACGAGUACCGCGACGAGUACGAUCCCGGCCGCGGUGGAUAUGGCAGAGCCGUGGACGCCGACAAGGACGACUUUUACAGAUAA